UUAGCGAACUAGUGCGCAUUUCGAGCGAUAGAAAUUUCCCUCGGUUACAACUACGCACGAUCCUACUUCAGACGCGUUUCCAUGGCAAUACAAUAUGGCGGUCAAAGUGUACGCACGUUGCGUAUUUAUACUACGCGUAACCUGAAAAUGUUACCAUGAAUCCGUAUCGAAAAUUCCUACUCUCCGAGUCUUUCUUCUGUUCGGUGAAACGUUCGACGAGAACAACGGAAAAAUGUACAGCGAGAGUGAAAGCACGAGCCACGAAUCGAGAAAGCCAAGUCACGUGAGGAAACUGAAUUUCGGCCAAUCGAUUCUAACCCUAAACGUCGUGAAGCAAUUUCACGGGCAAAAAGACGGUGCGUUGUUAAUCGACGGGAACGUGGCAAGUAUACCGUGCACGGAAAAGGGUGAUUUCGUACGCAAAUGGAUCGAAACUCACAACGACGUUUUUCACAAUUUCGAGGAAACACCUCGCUCGUCUCCCGUACUCGGCUUACCCGCUCUUACCGAGACGACGAAAACGUCCCCGGUUUUCGGCGACCGACGCAAACGAACUAGAGAGAAAGCUGAACGCACGCGUUCUAACCACUCGAUAAACCUAUCAGGCAAACGAUCUUUUCACUCCUCCAUUCGCUGCAAUAAACGUACAAGGAUGGACGGUAACUGUGGAAAGGAAAAUAUUAGAAGGAAUUUGUUUUCUCCUAAUUCUGUUAGCUUUUCUUCUAGAACACUCGACGCACCAAGCUCCCCUAUACUUAAUUCAACUUCUUCUUAUUCUUACAAAAGGAAGCGAAGAAAAUUGAACGGGGAGGAUUCAGAUAGGAAGGCUUUGGAUCAAAUUGAUAAUAAAAAUAUCAAAACUAACGCAACAUCUCCCUUGAUUUGUUCCAAGGGAAGACACAGAGAAAAAGGAUCCCCUAUUUUAGACAGAAAUUCUCAGUUUUAUGAAACAAGACGAAAGAAGAUAUGGGAGAAAAAUGUAGCAAUUUCUGAUCAAGUGGAAAGUACCUUUACAGAUUCAAAUAUAAAUCCUACAGCAUUCUCUGGUUCCAAGAAUAAAGAAUACGGUAGAGAGAUCAAAGUGCAAACCGUAAAGCGACGUUUCUCGAUAAAAAAAUCAGAGGAUUCUUUUGCAAAUGAGCGUGUAAAAUCUUGCACGAGUAAAGACUGGAAGAUUUCGGAAGACUCCGUAGGAUCGGAUUCGCCCGGAUCUAAAGGAAAAUUAAAUAUCGAGGAUAGUCCGCAGGAUGUAAAAGGUAUCGAGAAGGGUUUUACCGAUCGAACAGUAGAAGACACGGCUUUUGAGAAUGAUCGUCUAAAAUUGUACGCAAGUAAAGACUGGAAGAUUUCGGAAGACUCGACGAGAUUGGAUUCGUCCGGAUCUAAAGCUAAAUUAAAUAUCCAGGAUAGCCCAAAGGACGUAAAAGGCACGAACAACGAUACCGAGAAGGAAUUCAGCGAUGAGAUAGAAGACGCGGAUACGCAAGAUGCGGCUCUCGUUGCUAAAAGUCGUAAUCACGGUUCGACGCGCCACUUACUUCUCGCUUCUAUACCUUCUUCGAUACGUUCGCAAACCUCCAACAAAGAUUCCGAUCGAACGUUUUUCUCCGAUGCAGAACGGCCUCGAUUUACCUUUCCUUGCGUGCAAUCUUCCCAAAAGAUUUCUCAGGCUUCGACGAAACUUACCAAUCGCACGAAUAAUAAAUCCAGCCAGACUGGAAUUAUUAUUAGCACGGAAACAUCGCCGCGAAGAAUCUACGUAGAUUCCUCGAUGCAGUUAACAACAACCUCCCUCCUAGACUCGGGAAAGAAAAGGAAGAAAUCGAAAAGGGGAAGUUUGUUGGAAAAAUUGCAGUCAACGAUUAACAGGCAAGUGUCGUUUGUACGUAUAUGGAGGCAUCAAUUGAAACAGACUGUAGAACACGAUACACCACCGGUAACAUGCGUUACCGUGUACGUGCGAACUUGCACAACUCGCUUCAACAGACAAUUUUUGGAAGGAAUCGCGAUUCAAGAUCCACACGAUUUAUUACCCCGGAAAAAGACCAAAGAUAUCAAAAUUAUGACGGUUCCUGAUAUAGUAGGUAGGAUUCAAAUGAGAUCCGAAGCGAGAAUGUCGAUAGCUCAAGAUCGUCCGGAACUUUACGAGGAAGUGAAACUGUACAAGAAUGCCCGGGAAAGAGAAAAGCACGACAAUCAAGCAGAUUUGUACGCAGUUGUGAACACGCUGCAACAUCUCGAAAAAGCGUAUAUCAGAGAUUGUGUAACUCCAAAAGAAUACACGGCAGCGUGUAGCAAAUUGUUGGUGCAAUACAGAGCAGCUUUCAAGCAGGUGCAAAGCGAUCAGUUUCCCACGAUAGACGCGUUCGCCAGAGCGUUUAGAUUAGAUUGCCCAGCUGCGCUGGAAAGGAUCAAGGAGGACAGGCCGAUCACGAUAAAGGACGACAAAGGCAAUACGUCGAAAUGCAUCGCGGACAUUGUUUCUUUGUUCAUCACGUUAAUGGACAAACUGCGACUCGAGAUCAAAGCCAUGGAUCAACUGCAUCCAGACUUAAGGGAUUUAAUGGACACUAUGAACCGGCUAAGCAUACUGCCGAGCGAUUUCGACGGUAAAGAGAAGGUGGCGGAAUGGCUGCAAACUCUCAACAACAUGUCCGCGUCCGAUGAAUUGUCCGACACUCAAGUCAGACAACUGAUCUUCGACUUGGAAACAUCUUACAACGCUUUCAACAAAAUCCUUCACAAUUCGUAACUUUAGUGGUGUUUAAUUACGUUCGAUAACAGAUAUUUUACGCAGAGCUGGCCACUUUGUACAAGAACGCCUUUGUAAGAAGAAAAUGUUUACGCGACAAAUUGACAAAUGUGAUAUAUAGAACGAUGUAUAUAUACAUAUAUGUAAGGUAUUAAUCAGCAUAAUAAAAAUAAU